CAGCUUUGCCUGCAGGUCUACCAGCUGCUUUCUCUUCACCUGGCCUCUGUGAAUCAUCAUUUCAUACAGUGAAGUCUGAGCUCACUUGUCAUCUGAGUUGAACCCACUGUGCUGUGAUGGGGGAUGCAGAGAUGUCUGUGUUUGGGGCGGCUGCCCAGUACCUAAGGAAGUCGGAAAAGGAACGUAUGGAGGCCUCGACGCGUCUUUUUGACAUUAAGAAGGAAUGCUUUGUCCCUGAUCCAGUAGAAGAGUUUGUGAAGGCAACCAUCACCAGCCGAGAUGGAGACAAGGUCACUGUAGAGACCCACAAUGGGAAGACUGUGACUGUCAAAGAAUCGCAGAUUCUGCAACAAAAUCCUCCAAAGUUUGACAAGAUUGAAGACAUGGCCAUGCUGACCUUCCUCCAUGAACCAGCUGUGCUGUUUAAUCUCAAAGAGCGUUAUGCAGCAUGGAUGAUCUAUACCUACUCUGGGUUGUUCUGCGUGACUGUCAACCCCUACAAAUGGCUGCCAGUCUACAAUCAGGAGGUGGUUCUUGCCUACAGAGGAAAGAAGAGGAGUGAAGCUCCUCCUCAUAUCUUCUCCAUCUCUGACAAUGCCUACCAGUACAUGCUGGCAGACCGUGAAAACCAGUCAAUUCUGAUCACUGGAGAAUCUGGUGCAGGAAAGACUGUCAACACAAAGCGAGUAAUCCAGUAUUUUGCAAGUAUUGCGGCUGGAAGUGUUAAGAAGGAAGCAAGUGUCAAGGACAAGGGCACCCUGGAGGAUCAAAUUAUCCAGGCUAACCCUGCUCUGGAGGCCUUUGGCAAUGCCAAGACCAUUAGGAAUGACAACUCCUCUAGAUUUGGUAAAUUUAUCCGAAUUCACUUUGAUACCAGGGGAAAAGUAGCCUCUGCUGAUAUUGAAACAUACCUUCUGGAGAAGUCUCGUGUGAUCUUCCAGCUCAAGGCAGAGAGAGAUUACCACAUCUUCUACCAGAUUCUGUCCAACAAAAAGCCUGAACUCUUGGAGAUGCUGCUGAUCACCAAUAAUCCCUAUGACUAUGCCUUCAUCUCACAGGGGGAAACCCAAGUGGCCUCCAUUGAUGACGCUGAGGAACUCAUGGCAACAGAUAGUGCCUUUGAUGUGUUGGGCUUUACGCAAGAGGAAAAGAACUCUGUGUACAAGCUGACUGGUGCCAUCAUGCACCAUGGUAACAUGAAAUUCAAGCAGAAGCAGCGAGAGGAGCAGGCAGAGGCUGAUGGCACUGAAGAUGCGGACAAAGUUGCAUAUCUGAUGUGCCUGAACUCUGCCGACCUCAUCAAAGGUCUCUGUCACCCAAGAGUCAAAGUAGGAAACGAGUGGGUCACCAAAGGACAAAAUGUCGCCCAGGUGAACUAUGCUGUUGGUGCUCUAUCAAAAGCUGUUUAUGAGAAGAUGUUCCUGUGGAUGGUAAUGCGAAUCAACCAGUCACUGGAGACCAGGCAGCCUCGCCAGUACUUCAUAGGGGUGCUGGACAUUGCCGGAUUUGAAAUCUUUGAUUUCAACACCUUUGAGCAGCUGUGCAUCAACUUCACCAACGAAAAACUGCAACAGUUUUUCAACCACCACAUGUUUGUACUGGAGCAGGAAGAGUACAAGAAAGAGGGCAUCGAAUGGACUUUCAUUGACUUUGGCAUGGAUCUGCAGGCCUGUAUCGACCUGAUUGAAAAGCCCAUGGGUAUCAUGUCCAUCCUUGAAGAGGAGUGCAUGUUCCCCAAAGCCAGUGAUGCUACCUUUAAAGCUAAGCUCUAUGACAACCACCUGGGGAAAUCCGGCAACUUCCAGAAGCCCAGAGUUGUCAAAGGAAAACCAGAGGCUCAUUUUGCCCUGGUUCACUAUGCUGGAACUGUUGAUUAUAAUAUCAACAACUGGUUGGUGAAGAACAAGGAUCCUCUGAAUGAGACUGUUGUGGCAUUGUACCAAAAGUCUACCCUCAAACUUCUUGCAACUCUGUUUGCAAAUUAUGCAGGAGCAGACUCAGUUAUGUCUGAAGCUGUCGAGGGAAAAAAAGAGAAGAAGAAAAAAGGAUCCUCCUUUCAGACAGUGUCUGCUCUUCACAGGGAGAACCUGAACAAGCUGAUGACCAACUUGAGGUCGACUCACCCUCACUUUGUACGCUGCAUCAUCCCCAACGAGACCAAGACUCCAGGGGCCAUGGAGAACCCCCUGGUGAUGCACCAGCUGCGCUGUAACGGUGUGCUGGAAGGCAUCAGGAUCUGCAGAAAGGGUUUCCCCAACAGGAUCCUCUAUGGAGAUUUCAAGCAGAGAUAUCGCAUCCUGAAUCCUGCUGCCAUUCCCGAAGGCCAGUUCAUAGACAGUAGGAAAGGAGCAGAGAAACUUCUUGGGUCUUUGGAUAUUGAUCACAACCAAUACAAGUUUGGGCAUACAAAGGUGUUCUUCAAGGCUGGCUUGCUGGGUCUGCUUGAGGAGAUGAGAGAUGAGCGUCUUUCCAAAAUCAUCACAGCGAUUCAAGCCAGAUCCCGUGGUGUUUUGUCUCGCAUUGAGUAUCAGAAGAUGGUGGAACGAAGGCUGGAGGAUGAGGAGGAGAUGAAUGCAGAACUGACUGCUAAGAAGAGGAAGCUGGAGGACGAGUGCUCCGAGCUGAAGAAAGACAUCGAUGACUUAGAGUUAACUCUAGCUAAAGUGGAGAAGGAGAAGCAUGCCACUGAGAACAAGGUCAAGAACCUUGUUGAAGAGAUGGCUGCUCAGGAUGAGAUCAUUGCCAAGCUGACCAAGGAAAAGAAAGCUUUACAGGAAGCUCAUCAGCAAACUCUGGACGACCUGCAGAGUGAGGAAGACAAAGUCAACACUCUGACCAAGGCCAAGGCUAAGCUGGAGCAGCAAGUGGAUGAUCUUGAAGGAUCUCUUGAGCAAGAGAAAAAGAUUCGAAUGGACCUCGAGAGAGCUAAGAGGAAGCUAGAGGGAGAUCUAAAGUUGACCCAGGAGUCUGUGAUGGAUCUUGAAAAUGACAAGCAACAGCUGGAGGAGCGUCUGAAAAAGAAAGACUUUGAAAUCAGCCAGCUGAACAGCAAAGUUGAAGAUGAGCAGGUCAUCAUUAUUCAACUGCAAAAGAAACUGAAAGAGCUACAGGCUCGUGUAGAGGAGCUGGAGGAAGAGCUCGAAGCAGAGAGAGCUGCUCGAGCCAAGGUGGAGAAGCAGAGAGCUGACCUGGCCAGAGAGCUGGAGGAGAUCAGUGAGAGGUUGGAGGAGGCUGGAGGAGCCACAGCUGCCCAGAUUGAGAUGAACAAGAAGAGGGAGGCCGAGUUCCAGAAACUGCGCAGAGACCUCGAAGAGGCCACUCUGCACCAUGAAGCCACUACUGCCACACUCAGGAAGAAACAAGCCGACAGUGUUGCUGAGCUGGGAGAGCAGAUUGACAACCUGCAGAGAGUCAAGCAGAAACUGGAGAAGGAGAAGAGUGAGCUCAGACUGGAGCUGGAUGAUGUGGUCUCCAGUAUGGAACAAACUGUAAAGUCUAAGACUACACUGGAAAAGACCUGCAGAACUUUGGAGGAUCAAAUGAAUGAAUACAGGACCAAAUGUGAUGAAUAUCAAAGAUCCCUUAGUGACUUAACCACCCAGAAAGCCAAGCUUCAAGCAGAGAAUGAUGAGCUUUUAAGACAGAUGGAAGAGAAAGAAUCUCUCGUUUCUCAGCUGACUAGAGGAAAGAAUUCCUAUAACCAACAACUUGAAGAUAUAAAGAGACAGCUAGAAGAGGAAAUAAAGGCCAAGAAUGCAUUAGCCCAUGCAGUGCAGUCUGCUCGCCAUGACUGUGACCUGCUCAGGGAGCAGUAUGAGGAGGAGCAGGAGGCUAAAGCUGAACUGCAGCGUGGCAUGUCCAAGGCCAACUCUGAGGUGGCUCAGUGGAGAACCAAGUAUGAAACUGAUGCCAUCCAGAGGACUGAAGAACUAGAAGAGGCCAAAAAGAAGCUGGCUCAGCGUCUGCAGGAGGCUGAGGAGGCUGUUGAAGCAGUGAAUGCUAAAUGUUCCUCUCUGGAGAAGACCAAACACAGGCUGCAGAAUGAGAUUGAAGAUCUCAUGGUGGAUGUAGAGAGGUCUAAUGCUGCUGCCGCUGCUCUGGACAAGAAACAAAGAAACUUUGACAAAAUUCUUUCUGAGUGGAAACAGAAGUAUGAGGAGUGUCAGUGUGAGCUGGAGAGCUCCCAGAAGGAGGCCAGGGCCAUGAAGGGAGGCAAGAAGCAGGUGCAGAAGCUCGAGGCCAGGGUAAGGGAACUAGAAAAUGAGGUGGAAAUGGAGCAGAAGAAAAGCAGUGAGGCUGUGAAGGGGGUGCGUAAAUAUGAACGUCGCAUCAAGGAACUCACCUACCAGACUGAAGAAGAUCGCAAGAACAUCAUGCGGCUUCAAGAUCUAGUGGACAAGCUGCAGCUGAAAGUUAAAGCCUACAAAAGAUCUGCAGAGGAGGCUGAAGAACAGGCUAAUGUUCAUCUUGGCAAGUUCCGCAAGAUGCAGCAUGAGCUGGAGGAGGCUGAAGAGAGAGCUGACAUCGCCGAGUCUCAGGUCAACAAGCUUCGUGCCAAGAGCCGCGAUGUCGGAUCCAAGGUUUGACGCAUGCACUUUGCAGCAUCUGACCCU